AUGUUCAGAUUUAAUAAGAAAAUUGUGACAAAAUAUGAAUCAAAAACUGCUAAAAGGUACUGCGAUCCUGUUGAGAAGCAAAUGGGAACAAAUCCAUAUAGCCGAGGUUCUUAUUCGCUUCGACUACUAAAAACUGAAAAUUUUGGUGGCAGUUCUACAGAAUUAUCACAACCUGUCAUUGAUGCAUCAGGAAGGUCAGCUAUUUUAUUUGCUGGAGAAGCUACGAGUCAGAAUUAUUAUUCAACGGUCCACGGAGCUACCGAAAGCGGUUUUAGAGAAGCUAAUAGAAUAAUUAAUCUCAGCAAAAGCACAAAGAAUGGCCAGUGA